UGUGUGUGUGUGUAAGAGAGAGAGAGAGAGAGAGAGAUAGAGAGAGGGCAAAGGUCAACAGUCUGUCAGGUGUGACCUCAUAGAGAAGGGGACAAUUUACAAUCAGAGAGAGAGUGAGAAAAAGACCUUUAGUCUAAGAGGAGAGAGAGAGCGAUAAGGAUGCCUUCUGAAGUCAAUUCAGAAAAUUCUUUGGUUAGUUAACUGCUUGCUAUCAGGUUAAGAGGAAAGCUGUGAGUUCGUAAGUUAACUUAUUGAGCUAUAGACAACUACUUGCUAUCAGUUUGAAGACAAAGACUGGUUCUUCUCUUGAGCUACAACUUGCUAACAGUUUGUUGAAGCGGGCUGUAGAGUUCCUAGGUCAAUAUCUGGAGCUACAUGCUAACGCACGCUAGGUGUGCUGAAGAGAUAAGGACAUGGCGCUAAUAGCUAGCUAGGCUUAGCUUUACGUCACCAUGGCGAUCCCCAGAGGAAGGAUGCGGAUUGGUUUCCUGUGGCUGGCGGCCAUCUUGGUUCUGCUGCUUCUUCUCAGUUUCUUCUGGCUCCCUCAGGAUGGGGCGAGAGACUGUCAGAAUUCUUGGCAUCCAUGUCUCCCUUUCUUCCAGACGACUGACACACAGGUGGAAGAGGCGGAGUCAUCCCCAAAGCCCAGCUCCCAGGACUGCCCUGGCCAAUCAUUUCAGGUCUGGCGUCUGCUGCUCUACUUGAAGGCCAGCCAGGCAGCCAAUCAGGACGUCCUGCUGGAACCCUACCUGCAGAGCUGGGAGGAGCUUAUCAGGUUUAUGGAGUCACUCGGGGCGAUUGUGGGGUUCUUCUCUCAGAAGGUGAAGGACAAGGUUGCCACGAUACGGGAGCUGUCCCUAGAACAUGCCAAAAAGAAUUCUGGGAGAAGUAGUCAAGACGCUCCACAGAAUGGGGCGUAUUAUUCUAUUGGCUCCAUGGUGGAGGCGGAGCUUAAGGCGGGUGUGGUCAGCUUCUCCCAUCCCAGCCAAUCGGGAUGCAGGACGGUGCUGCGUCUCCAUCGCUCCCUCCGAUGGCUGACUCUGUUAAUGAGGGGUCUCACCGAGGGAGCCAAUGAGGAGGGAGAAUACAGGACCCCUGGGGACCUGUGCAGGGAGGCCUACUGGGUGGCCCUAGCCCCCUACCACCCCUGGUAUGUGCGGCAGGCAGCAGAGCUGGUGUUCGUCUCCCUACCAGAGAGGGCGCUGUUCCUGCAGCUGGUGUGUGUGGAGAGCCAGGAGGAGGCCACGCCCAUAUUACACACGCUCAUACACACACUGGAGGAGACGCACGCUCGCACACAACAUAUCCUUCAAACGCACGGGUUGUUGGAGCUGCCCUGACCCUGUACAUUAUACACUAAAUAUAUACUAUACAUAAUAUGUACUAGUAUAUGCACUAUAUAUAUACUGGUGUCCAUAUACUACUUUAUACACUAAAUCAGGGGUCAGCAUCCUUUUCCCACAUGCAGUGCCAGUUUGACAUUUUCUCUUUAUUGAGUGUACCUUAAGCAAUAUUAAAUAUUAAGCUGAAUUAUGACACAGCGACCAAAACAUUUCCAGAAGACCUGGAAUUGUAUUAUUUCCAUAUAGUCCACAAUCAUGCAUCAACAUUUUAAAUGUUUUUUUUUUGUUGUUACAUUUGUACUGCUUUGCAAAACCAUGUGAAGGCGAUGCAUACAGCGACAACACCACUUGCAACAAUAUUCUAAAUAUUUUCUUGUCCAUUAAUCACGACAUAGGUUUAAAAACUAUUAAUUGAUCCCAUUUCAGAACACUGCUUUCAGUAACUCAUUCCACUGGGAGGAAAUGCCCAAAACAGAAUAA